AUGUUUGGUAGUCAAAAUAGUACAUUUGGAGGUGGCUUUGGAUCACAAAGUCAACCACAAUCAUUGUUUGGAGCACCUUUCGGUGGGUUUGGAGCAUCAACUUCAGCAGGAGGAACUGGUUUUGGUGGGUUCAGGCCCUCGGCGGCUUCUUCUGGCAGCAUGUUUGGAGGUGGAAAUCCUUUUGGUAGUACUAGCGGCGUGACAGCUCCUAAUGGCACAUUAAACCCGCCAUAUGCAACGACGAGCGAUAAAGAUCCAUCUGGUGCUUUGAACACUUUUCAUAGCAUUACCGCAAUGCCUCAAUACAGGAAUUUUUCAUUCGAGGAACUUCGAAUGUCAGACUAUCAAUUAAAUCGAAAACCUUCGGCAAUGGGAUCGAGUUAUGUGGGGAUUAAUACACCGACAUAUGGAACCACAAGUACUGGCAGUGGAUUUGGCAGUUUCGGCAGUCAAACUCCCGCUUUCGGUGCUAAAAGUACACCAUCUUUUGCGUUUGGUAAUACCACACCAACAGUUGGAUUUGGCGCAACACCAGCUGCCGGUCCUUCGACUCAAUCUCUCUUUGGAGCACAGAAGCCUGCAUUCGGCGCACCUACAGGAGGUUUUGGCAGUACUACACAGGCAACAGCUAGCUUUGGAACAGGGUCCGGUUUUGGAGUUUGUUCGGUUCGACUUCCACUGGUACGCAAUCUAGCUUAUUCGGCGCAAAGACGCAACCUUCUACAUCUGCAUCUGGAUUUGGUGCAACUGGAGGUUUUAAUGCUCCAUCUUUUGGUUUUGGUAGGAAACAAACCAACAUCUGUAGCGAGUGGCUUCGGAACUCCAUCAACGACCCCAUCUUUCGGUGGAUUUAGUGGAAGUACUGGGACUGGUUUAUUUGGAACUACAACCACCACUUCUGGCAAUCUAUUUACCCUUAAUCCGCCCGCAAGUACUUCGGCGCCUAGUUUAGGAAUCGGGUUUAGCGCAUUUAAUAAACCUGCUGCUCCGAUUCUUGGUGGAUCUGGCCUAAGUACCCUACAAACACAGCCAUCGAGCUUUCUAGGUAGUGGAUCUACGUUAUCUUUCGGAAAUGCCGGUACCGCUACAGCUUUUGGGAAUAUCGGGCAGACGCAAGGACUACAGGCCACUGUUAACAAGGCUCCUUAUGGAGAAAUAUCUGUGUUUCAAGAAACCACACCUACCGCGACACCAACCAAACCAUCCGUAGCAGCAACACCAGUGACUACUACUCCUCAAAGAAAGAAAAGUGGCGGGACUCCUAGUUAUAAGUUGACACCAAAACCAAGCUCAAAGCUGAAACUCCCUGGGUUUAGUUCUCACACUUAUCCAGGAUUCGGAACGCCUGAUGUUAAACCGUUGCAUAUAUUUGAAUCUUUAGACAAAAAAGAGAUAUUGAAUCCUGAGGCGUUUACAAAACGUAAUCCCCGAAAAUUAGUGUUAGAUCGUUCGGUCGAGCCGGAGGAGAUGAUAUCCGAAACUGAUUCUCGGGUUGGGUCUCCCCAAAACGAUCAUACUCCUGUAAAACAGAGGGUAUCAUUCGAUGCCAAGCUUGAGUCUGGAGCGGACAAUAUUUAUCACUCGUUUAGUCCCAAUAUUCGUAAACCUAGUAUUAAGCAAACCGAGUUUUCUGAUAAUAUAGCAUCCACUCCGUCAAAGACUCCAUCAAAGACUCCGUUAAAUGCACCUCCAAAGGAGUCAUCCAGGUUGCGCGCUAUAGAGACCGAAGAUUCACCAAAGAAAGAGUUAUUUACCCUAACAUCUCCUGAUAACGAUGGUUAUUACUCUGUUCCAUCAAUUAAAGAUCUUUCGGAAAUGAGAGCAGAAGAAUUAAAAUCGGUUGUUGGAUUUAUGGCCGGAAGAACCAAUUACGGUAAAAUCGAGUUUCAAGAGCCAGUAGAUUUCAGUGACAUUCCACUUGAUGACGUACUGGGAAAAGUUAUUCGUUUCGAAGAUCAGAGUAGCACUGUUUAUGGUUCGGAGUAUAAUAAGCCUCCACCAGGGCAGGGUCUUAAUAAAAAGGCAAUUAUUACUUUGGAUCGUUGUUGGGCCUUGGACAAGAGUGAUCGACGUCCAAUUAAAGACCCUGAGGAUUUCCGUUACCGGCACCGAGUCGAAAGAUUAAAAAAUGUCUUAGACACCAAAUAUAUUACUUUCCUUCCGGAAACGGGUAGCUGGGUUUUUCAAGUGGAGCAUUUUACAACUUAUGGUCUUAUUCUUGAUGACCCUGAAGAUCAGUUCGAAGAGAAGCAGUAUCGACCCUUCGAAGUUCCUAUCAUUAAUAUGACCGAAACAAAAUCUUUUCCGCGGUCACGAAAAGGAAAAGAAAAGGAAUAUGACGACGAUAAACUUAAGCCAGUUGCAAAUUUUCCGGAAAGCCUUGGACAAGAUCCAGAUGAUAUUGAUGAAAUGCAAAAUGUUUUAUUUAACGACUCAAAUGAAGAGGAUUACAUGCAAAUGGACAUUGGUGGAGAUAGUAUAAUUGAAGAAUUUGAUGAUUCGCACAAACGAAAUUUGGAAAAUGAUGAUAAUGAUGAGGAUAUCGAAAUUGAAAAUCGUUCUUCCGUCGUAGAGCCUCGUCAAUCAUUUGUCAAGACACCGCGUAUAUCUCACGAAGACGUGGUCAUCAGGUUACCGAGCAAGUACCGCAAGAUUGUUGAUUAUGCAGAUUCAAUUGUUUUUGGUAAAGAUAGUUGUAAGGAAGACCUCGGACUUAUGAUGGGAAGAUCUUUUAGGGAUAAGGAAAAGGUGCGACAUGAUAGUUCAAUGAAAUUUAUUUUCGAAAAUUCCGUUUUUGGCCGAGAAGAUGGCAUACCUCAUGUCGAUGUUGAUCUUGCCAGGGUCAACUUUGAAAAUUUGUUGAAAUCCUUUGAAAAUGGAACUAUAUCCAAGCAUGAGACUCUAACUUGGAAACUUGGUUAUGCCCUGUGGGACGACAUUGUUAUCCCUGGCGUCAAUAGAACUGAUUCCGAAGAUUUCGAUAAAUUAACCGAGGAAUAUAGAAAAGAACGAAUAUCGAAAUGGUUUAAAGAAGCCGUUUCAUCACAGACAACUGCUCACAUCAAACGUGCAAUAUCCUCGAAUGAUAAAGGAGAAAUCAUUUUUGGAUAUCUUACUAGUAGAAACAUUCUGAACGCCUCUAAAACGGCGGUAAAAAACCGCGAUUUCCGUUUGGCGGCUCUUUUGUCACAAUUGUGUGGAAACGACAAGUUUUUUAAAGAUAAAAUAAAAAAUCAAAUUGAUCAUUGGCAGGAGACUGGUUUGGUAAAGCUUAUUCCUAAGGGAUAUUUGAGACUUUAUGAAAUCAUGGCUGGAAAUGUUGCGGCAUCAAAUAAAGGGUUGGAUUGGAAGCGCGCGUUGGGUAUGCACUUGUGGUACGGUCGUUACCUAGAUGAAACCUUCGCGGCGUCCUUUAAUGAUUACGAAACUGCUCAGAAGAAUUCGGGGGUCGUGCCAAUACCAUGGUAUAAAGAAGAAUUUGAAAGGAAACCUUCGCUGUCUUGGCCUGAAUCAGAAAAUGUGGAUGAAAUCUAUGAUGUGCAUUAUCAUCUAUUAAAACUUGCUGUUGAUAAAACUCACUCCCUAGAUAAUGCAAUACUUCCGCGUUCAAUCACACCUCACCUCUGGAUUAUCGGAGAUUUUGUGGAUCAGGGUUCAAGCGCCGAUCUUGUAACCUCGAAUCUCGUGACUCAAUUAGAGGUCUUGGGAUUGUGGCGAUGGGCCCUUCUCGCCUCGUUGUUUCUAAACGAACCUCACGUUCGGAAAACAGUCAUUUGUGAGUUGUUGAAUCGCCUAGUAUCGACGAUACCGGUUGAUCAAUUAGAGAGCAUUGAGAAUUUUGCUGAUCAAAUAAAAAUUCCACGAGCAUGGAUCGCCAAAGCAAAGGCUUUGUAUUCAAAAUAUAAAGAAGAAACAGUGGAUGAAGCAAUGUAUCUGUUGAACGCCGGUGAUGUUUCUGAUGCACAUAAAAUAGUCAUAACUAAAAUUGCUCCUGAGAGUAUUUUGCACAAGAAGCAUAAAGAAUUACAGGAGAUACUUGAGAAGAUAGACCCACAAUCUGUGCCUGAUUGGGAUCUUGGUGGGAAAAUUUUUCUGGAUUACCUUUUGUUCGUCGCGACUGCAAAUGUUGAGGAAGAAGAGAAUCCCACUAAGAUUACUGAUCUUAUGGGUGUAUGUCAAAAUAUUGUAAUCGGUCUAGCAAAAAUGAAACCUGUUGAUUACCGAUGUGAGCAAUGCAUUUCCUACAUGGAAUAUUUGACAAAUCAAGUUCUAAGCCAAAUUGAAGGCUGUGACAUCAAAAACAUGAAAUUUCAGAGUCCCUUGACUUUGAGCUUUUUAUAG